AUGAAGCUUCUCCUGAUCUCCAUGUUGCUCCUGCUGCUGUGCAGCGCCCAAGUGCUCGCGCUCAGAUGCUACACCUGUGAGGGGGAGGGCGACGACAUCUGCAAGACCGAAACCGACUGCCCGGCCUCCUCCCAGUACUGUAAGACCGUCCAGCACGGCGAUCAGCUCUCCCGGACGUGUGAGGAGUUCUGCGCCGAGGACUACUUCACCACCUGCUGUGAAGAAGACAUGUGCUAG